CAUGGUAGUGCAUUGUAUUGACACAGUUAUCCAUUUGGGUUAACACUACAUCAGAAUUGAACCGGAGUACACAAUUUAAUGUCACAAUACAAAAACAAUUAGAUGACUUCAGCCAAGGCAUGAUUUCAACCGAGUUCGCUGCCUGUGCACAACAAACUGCUAUAGUUAACAAGGCUCGUGUGUACACAAUUGUUUUUGUCGAGAGCUCGUGGAAUCAGAUUUGUGUUAUACUAGCGCCACCGUUGCUGGUCACGUGGAGUAGUUAAGCAGGUCAUCUAUAGUCAGCGUGUAUUAUACACACUGAUUUUUAGGACGUGGUGGAGACACACACAGAAAAAUGACAAUGGAUACAGAGCUCAAGUAUGGAGUCCCAGGGUCAGAACAGGAGGCUGUCCCCAUGCAAAAGGAUGACGAAUAUGAUGAGGACAACAAGGUGCCAGAGGUCAAGCCAUCGUCGUUCUACGCUGAACUAAGAGACAACAAGGUCACAAGGUUACAGGUCAUUCGCAGUAUCUGUGUGUCGUCAGCGUACGUUGUGAUGGGGUGGAUAAAAGGUCAGCUUGGUCCAGCAUUUCCGGACGUCAUUCGCAUUUCUGGGGUUGAUCUUCAGAAAGGAUCGGCUUUUAUGACAGCAUACUACACAGGUCGAUUCCUGGGAUCUUUACUAGCAGGGGUCAUUUAUUCUAGGAUGAAUAAAUUCCUUUUAUUUGGGAUUUCUUUGGUUAUGUUUGGUCUUGUUGUGGGCUCCAUACCGUGGUGCGUUCUCUACGAGCUGAUGAUCUUCGCUCAUGUCGUGCUGGGUAUCUUUGGAGGUAUCCUAGCUGUUGCAAUCUAUUCCGAGUCAGUGCUAAUUUGGGGACCUACGGGAAGAGGACGCUCAUACCUUAUGAUUCAUGGCGCGAUAUCAAUCAUUGCAAGUGUACUCGCACCUAUAGCGACAGGACCAUUCCUCGCAAAGAGACAUGCUUAUAUCUUCAAUUCGUCUUCCUUGGCUCCAACCAACGUUUCAGUCGCUGAUAACUCCACAUCAUCCGUUGCGAAUAUUAGCUUUGGAAGUCAUUAUAAUGAAACCGCAUUACGCGAUCCUUAUGACAAUCCAUCUCAACUCUAUAUUGCAUAUUCAAUUUCAGCUGGACUGUGUAUGGUAAUUGCUCUGCCUUUUUUCAGAUUGUUCCGAUUUUCAAAAUCCAACAAAAUGUCAUUCGUCACAAAGGAGAAAAACAAAUUCAUAGGAACUUUUUCGAUAUUUCUUAAACGUCUUCAGUUGUUUAAUGUUGGUGUCUAUAGUUUAUUCCAUAAUGCAGUUGAUUUUACCUUUACGGGAUAUCUGAGUACAUUCUGCGUAAAAUAUCUUCAUUGGACGAACAUGUCAGGAGCAAUGCUCACGUCUACUGCCUUUUUUACCAGACUUUUGGGAAGUAUAUGUGGCAUAGUUCUUGUCCGUUUUUUCAAAUCUCAUACACUUUUAUUACUGUCGACUACUGCAUACACACUUGGAUUUGUAGGACUAACUGUAAGUGCACAUGCCUUCAGCGACGUUGGUGUCUGGGUAUCUGUAUGCGUCAUCGGAAUCCCCUUUGGUCUUGUCUGGCCAAAUUUCUUGAGUUGGAUAAAUGCAAGUUUGAUUCCAGUUAGAGGCGAAAUAUCUAGUUUUAUAAAUGUAACGGCAUUUUUAGGGGCUCUGCUUGCGCCAAUGCUAUUCGGUUAUAUGAUGGACGAAGUGUCGCUUCUUUGGUUUUGCUAUCUGUGUGUAGCGAAGUCUAUAGUUAACAUCAUAAAUGCCUUUCUGAUAUUAUGUUACUCUAAGUUAAUGAAGAAGUAAAUGUAGUAUAUUAUUUCUUGUUUAAAAAAUCAUAAAAUACUUACACGGUGUGAUUCCAAUCCGCACCGUAUACAUACGUUAUAGUUGCUGUAAAACAUCUUAGAGGUAUUAAAAAUGUAGAUAAUAAUGGAAACAUCUUCCUUUUCUGCUUUUUGAUUUUCAAAUGACGACUAUGCUCAUUUUGCGUUUCUUCAUUUAUUCUUUGACUGGAAAUUAUGAACUUAGCCACCACAGAUACAAUGGUAGGGGAUGUUAAAUGCUAAUCCAGAAUUAAUAAAAGUUACCUAGAUCACUGUUACUUCUAAAAUCAAAAUGAUAGAACUGAUUAAAAAAGCUAAAAAUUGUCUUAUAAUGCAUCAAGGUGAAUUACUGAUAUUUUAUCAGUUUCUUCGUUCUACUAUCUUGAGCUUGA